AUGACCACCACCAUCCGCCAGUUCACAUCCUCCAGCUCCAUCAAGGGCUCCUCCGGCCUGGGGGGCGGCUCGUCCCGCACCUCCUGCCGGCUGUCGGGCAGCCUGGGUGGCGGCUCCUGCCGUCUGGGCUCUGCCAGUGGCCUGGGCAGUGUCCUCGGGGGCAGUGCCCUCGGGGGCAGCAGCAGCUACUCCAGCUGCUAUAGCUUCGGGUCUGGCGGGGGCUAUGGCAGCAGCUUUGGGGCUGUGGAUGGGCUGCUGGCGGGUGGGGAGAAAGCCACUAUGCAGAACCUCAACGACCGCCUGGCAUCCUACCUGGACAAGGUGCGUGCCCUGGAGGAGGCCAACACCGAGCUGGAAGUGAAGAUCCGUGACUGGUACCAGAAGCAGGCCCCGGGCCCUGCCCCUGACUACAGCCACUAUUAUCAUGUCAUCGAAGACCUGAAGAGCAAGAUCCUCACGGCUAGCGUGGACAACGCCAGCAUCCUGCUGCAGAUUGACAAUGCCCGGCUGGCGGCUGAUGAUUUCCGCACCAAGUUUGAGACAGAGCAGGCCCUGCGUGUGAGUGUGGAGGCCGACACCAAUGGCCUGCGCAGGGUGCUGGAUGAACUGACCCUGGCCAGGGCUGAUCUGGAGAUGCAGAUUGAAAACCUGAAGGAAGAGCUGGCCUACCUGCGCAAGAACCAUGAGGAGGAGAUGAGCGUGCUGAGAGGCCAGAUGGGUGGCGAGAUCAAUGUGGAGAUGGAUGCGGCCCCUGGUGUGGACCUGAGUCGUAUCCUGUCUGAAAUGCGUGACCAGUAUGAGAAGAUGGCUGAGAAGAACCGCAAGGACGCUGAGGACUGGUUCUUCAGCAAGACCGAGGAGCUGAACCGUGAGGUGGCCACCAACAGUGAGCUGGUGCAGAGCGGCAAGAGUGAGAUCUCUGAGCUCCGGCGCACCGUGCAGGCCCUGGAGAUUGAGCUGCAGUCUCAGCUCAGCAUGAAAGCCUCCCUGGAGGGCAGCCUGGCAGAGACGGAGAAUCGCUACUGCGUGCAGCUGUCCCAGAUCCAGGGGCUCAUCGGCAGCGUGGAGGAGCAGCUGGCUCAGCUGCGCUGCGAGAUGGAGCAGCAGAACCAGGAGUACAAGAUUCUGCUGGACGUGAAGACUCGCCUGGAACAGGAGAUCGCCACCUACCGACGCCUGCUGGAGGGCGAGGAUGCCCACCUGACUCUGUACAAGCCCAAAGAACCCGUGACCACCCGCCAGGUGCGCACCAUCGUGGAGGAAGUCCAGGAUGGCAAGGUCAUCUCCUCCCGGGAGCAGGUGCACCAGACCACCCACUGA